UUGUUGCAUCAGCAUCUCAUUCAGACCUGUGGCCAUGUCGAGCUCACCGGAGACAGAGGAUGAGGACAGUUGCAGCUGCUCGGCUGCUAAUGUCUGCCCUCUUGUUUCUGCAGCCUUUGAGUUUGGCUCCUUGCUGCAGAUUAACGAGGAGGCCGCGCUGACGGCGGCCCUCAACGACUACCUGACCUCACGCAGCUACCUGGCGGGCUUCGGCCCCUCCCAGGCCGACCUGAGAGCCUUUAGGCUCCUCCCCCGUCCCCCCGCCCCGCAGCACGUCCAUGCUCUGCGCUGGUACAGACACAUUUCCGCCCUGCAGCAGGACCUGAGCACAGACGGCAGCAUGAAGGGGAAGCGGGUCCAGCCUCCAUGGUCGCCACCGGCGGGAACAGAAGUCCCUCAGCUGCGGCUCUACAACAGCCUGACCAGAACCAAGGAGCCGUUUGUUCCCCAGAAGGGCAACAAGGUGACGUGGUACUGCUGUGGCCCCACCGUUUACGACGCCUCACACAUGGGACACGCCAGGUCCUACAUCUCCUUCGACAUCCUGCGGCGGAUCCUGAGGGACUACUUCAAGUACGACGUCCUCUACUGCAUGAACAUCACAGACAUCGACGACAAGAUCAUCAAACGGGCCCGGCAGAACUUCCUCCUGGAGCAGUACAGAGAGAAGCGGCCGCAGGCGGCUCAGAUCCUGCAGGAUGUCCUGAAUGCACGAGUGCCAUUCCGGGAGCAGCUGGCCUCCACCACGGACCCGGAUAAGAAGCAGAUGUUGGAGCGUCUGGACGCCGCCGUUGCCGCCGCUCUGCAGCCCCUGCAGGGGGCGAUGGAGAGCAACGCAGCGGCUGACGUGCUGCAGCCUCUGGCUGAGGUUUUGCUGGAGAACUCGAAGGACUUGCUGUCCGACUGGCUGGACAGGCAGUUUGGAAGCGAAGUCACAGAGAACUCCAUCUUCUCCGUCCUGCCGAAGUUCUGGGAGGGGGAGUUCCACAGAGACAUGGAGGCCCUGAACGUUCUGCCUGCCGACGUUCUGACCCGAGUCAGUGAGUACGUGCCGGAGAUUGUGGCGUUUGUGAGGAAAAUCGUCUCCAACGGUUACGGGUACGAGUCCAACGGGUCCGUCUACUUCGACACACAGAGGUUUGAUACCAGUCCGCAGCAUUCGUACGGCAAGCUGGUCCCAGAGGCGGUGGGAGACCAGAAGGCACUGCAGGAGGGAGAAGGCGAUCUGAGCAUCUCAGCAGACAGACUGAGUGAGAAGAAGUCCCAGAACGACUUUGCUCUGUGGAAAGCCUCGAAGCCCGGUGAGCCGUCCUGGGAUUCUCCGUGGGGGAAGGGUCGGCCCGGGUGGCACAUCGAGUGUUCGGCCAUGGCCGGCUCCAUCCUGGGAGAGUCCAUGGACAUCCAUGGAGGAGGCUUCGACCUGCGCUUCCCCCAUCAUGACAACGAGCUGGCCCAGUCCGAGGCGUUCUUCCAGAACGACUGUUGGGUCCGUUACUUCCUGCACACCGGCCACCUGACCAUCGCCGGCUGCAAGAUGUCCAAGUCUCUGAAAAACUUCAUCACCAUAAAGGACGCCCUGGCGAAGAACACAGCGCGCCAGCUGCGCCUGGCCUUCCUCAUGCAUUCCUGGAAAGACACGCUGGAUUACUCGGCCAACACCAUGGAGUCGGCCGUCCAGUAUGAGAAGUUCAUGAACGAGUUCUUCCUGAACGUCAAAGACGUCCUGCGUGCGCCGAGCGAUCUCACCGGACGCUUCGAGAAGUGGGAGGCAGAGGAGGCGGAGCUUAACAGCAGUUUCUACGACAGGAAGUGGGCCGUUCACCUGGCGCUGUGUGACAACAUGGACACGCGCAGCGCCAUGGAGGAGAUGAGGCUUCUGGUCGGCCUUAGCAACAGCUACAUCGCCGGCAGGAAGAGCUCCAAGCUGAGGCCCAACCGCCUGCUGCUGCAGAGCAUCGCCUCCUACCUGACCGCCAUGAUGAAGAUAUUCGGAGCCAUCGAAGGAUCCGAUCCCAUCGGUUUUCCAGUCGGAGGACAAGCUGUGGAUGUGAGUAAACGGCUGAUCUGUUGGGAGAACCCACCCGGAAAAAACCGAUUCAGUGACCCGGUUCUGGUCCGAUCUUUGCAGCUGGAGAGCACGGUGAUGCCCUACCUGGCGGUUCUGUCCGACUUCAGGGAGGACGUCCGGAAAAUCGCCCGGGAGCAGAAAGUGACGGCGCUGCUGCGGCUCUGCGACGCCGUCCGGGACGACACGCUGCCGGAGCUGGGCGUCCGGCUGGAGGACCACGAAGGUCAGCCCACCGUGGUGAAGCUGGUGGACAAGGAGACGUUACUGAGGGAGAGAGAGGAGAAGAAGAAGAUGGAGGAGGAGAAGAAGCGGAAGAAGGAGGAAGCUGCCAGGAAGAAGCAGGAGCAGGAGAUGGCGAAACUCGCCAAGAUGAAAGUCCCUCCGUGUGAGAUGUUUCGCUCAGAAACAGACAAAUAUUCCAGGUUUGACGAUACGGGUUUUCCCACUCAUGACGCUGAAGGAAAGGAGCUGAGCAAAGGCCAAGCCAAGAAGCUGCGGAAGCUGUUCGAGGCUCAGGAAAAGCUCCACAGCGAGUAUCUGCAGAUGAACGGGAACUGAGAGUCCACUUCCCUCUGACGCAGCUUCAGCAGGGACUCGGAAAACAGCGAACUCGGUUUUAUUCUCCUCUGAUCAGAUCCAGAAAGGUGUGGAAGAAGGGACGUUUUCUCCAUCAGCAGAACCCGGCUGCCACUGCCGCUUCGUUUCCAGACUGGGAUCAAACUCAUGAACUUCAUCUGUGACGGUUUCCAUCAUGCAUUCCUAUCAGCCGUUCAUUCAUUCAUUCAUCCGUCUGUAAACGGAUUCAAACAAACUGCAACGCCGAGUUUCCAACAGACGAGGAAACUGGAGUCAGGAAAACCUGGGAAGCUGAACCCAAACCCUCUUCACAUCUAACCAGACUGGUGGAAAAUUUCAUUUGUGCUGCUUUUGCUUUGAACAUAUUAAUAAAAGUUUAAAGGUCAAAAGGUCAA